AGCAACAGAGAUUCAGAGACAAGAAAAUGCGAGAAAGCGAAGGAAAACGCGACAAAACUCAAAUGAAUUUGCGUUUCGACGAAGGAGGAGGCAGCGUUUGGCAGAGAUGCUCAAGACACGAAGGCCGUUUUGUCUGCGUUGGAGGUGUUUGUCCUUACUGCCUCCACGAACGUCUCUCCUCUCUCUGUCCCGAUUGUGCUCACGAUCUACCAUGUUCGUGUACUCCUCGCGCCUCCGUGUCUUCCGGUGGAGGAGAUGACGUUCCGUUCGCCGGUAUCGGGUCAGUUGGCCGCGUUGCCAACUUGAUUGAAAGCGAACCGGCGUUUCGGAGAUCGACAUCGCUUGCGGUUCCGUAUUUCUGGUCUUCUAAACCGGAGACGAUAUUAGAAACCGAGUCGGAUCUCAAACCGGGCCGUGGACGCUGGCUCUGGAGAUUGUUGAGAGGAAACAGAGAAGAGACGAAAAUAAAGGCUGCUACGGUUAUGAAGAAGUCGAAAUCCGUUGCCGGAGAAGAGCUAUUUUCGCCGGCGCCGGUUGCAAGCAAAGGAAAUGGUUGGUACUUUCCAAGUCCGAUUAAGGUUUUCAGACAAUCAAGAGUCUCCAAAAUGAUAUUUCAACAAAGAUCUCCAUUGUACAGAGGUUAAAUUUUAGGUUUUCUAGUAUGUGUGUUUUUUUUUCUUUUGUUUUACGAAAACGUUGAUUAAUAUUUCUUUUCAUAAUGAAAAUGCAGAUCUUAUACAUAAAAAUCGGACAUUCUUGAUAAA